AUGGAUAAUUCACCAAACCCAACCCCCCGCAGGAUGACGAUUGACUCUUGGGAAGCAGUUCCUCCCGUUGUGCCAUGCACUUACAAGGAUUGUUCGCUGAGUUUUCAAAAUGUGGAGGAUAUGAGGGAGCAUAAGAAAAGUGACCCAGAUCACGCUUACUGUUCUCGAUGCCAGCGAGAUUUCUUCGAUGAAGAUGACCUGACAAAUCACAAGCUGACUAGCCCCAUGCACAAGAUCGUUUGUCCUUACUGCGAUCUUGAGUGCAUGAGCGAAGGUGGACGGGAGUUUCAUGUCAAGAUUUACCAUCCCGCCAGUCAGAACAUCCGAUGCACAGGCUGCGACGUUUUCUACAAGAAUGCCUCAGCCCUGAUCCGCCAUCUUGAGCGCAACCUUUGCCACAAUAUCCCGGUCCUGUGCAAAACACAACAGGAAGCCCAACAGAAAGCGAAAGAUAACCCGGGAAAGGAAUAUGUUCCUGGCUUUGUAGUCAGCGGGUUCCAAGACAUCCCCAUCAAAGUCACCAGCCCUAUCAGCCCCGGGUCCAAGCAAACCCACGACUGGACCGCCCAUGUUUUCAAGAGCGAGCACACAGGCCACUUCAUGUGCCUAUGUGGAUACGAAGCGGUCCUCGAAGCGGAUAUUAGGAGACACGUUGCGGUGGAUCUACGGCUGAACAAAUCUGUCUGCGUCGCAUGCGGAAAGGACUUUACCUCCACUUCCGCUCUCGUGAGUCACGCCGAGAUGGCCACUGUCAAGUGCAAUAUUCGGAAAAGUGACGGGUUUAGUCGCUUUAUCACUGAGGCUACUAGUGGCCUUGUCAAGGUUGAUGGGGAAAUGCCGGGUGGUACCAAGCGGCUUGUUGCUGUAGGAGUUGAGGAAGCAAAGGUUGCUUAUCAUGGGCUUUUUGGGGUGGUGGCUGUUGUUCGGAAAGACAAGGGAGCUUUUUGGUAA